GAAGCGGAGCCGGAGCCGGAGCCGGAGGGGACGGGGGCGGGUUGGCCCCGUUCGGCCCCGCUCGGCCCCGUUCGGCCCCGCUCGGCCAUGGCGAGGCGGGCGGCGGCCCCCGCCAGGCCCCUGGGGGAUGAUUUCUCCUUCGUGAGCCCGGUGGUGAAGUACGUGCUCUUCUUCUUCAACCUGCUCUUCUGGAUGAUCUCCAUGGUGAUGGUGGCCGUGGGGGUCUACGCCCGGCUGCUGAAACACGCAGAGGCAGCCAUGGCCUGCCUGGCAGUGGACCCCGCCAUCCUCCUCAUCGUGGUCGGCGUCCUCACCUUCCUCAUCACCUUCUGCGGCUGCAUCGGCUCCUUGCGGGAGAACAUCUGCCUGCUGCAGACGUUCUCCGCCUGCCUGACCGUCGUGUUCCUCCUGCAGCUGGCGGCCGGCGUGCUGGGCUUCGUCUUCUCCGACAGGGCGCGAGGGAAGGUCAGCGAGAUCAUCAACGGGGCCAUCGUGCACUACCGGGAUGACCUGGACCUGCAGAACCUCAUCGACUUCGGGCAGAAGGAGUUCAGCUGCUGCGGGGGCGUGUCCUACAAGGACUGGUCCCAGAACAUGUACUUCAACUGCACCGCCACCAACCCCAGCCGGGAGCGCUGCUCCGUCCCCUUCUCCUGCUGCCUGCACGACGCCAACCAGACUGUCAUCAACACCAUGUGUGGCCACGGGAUGCAGGACAAGGGCUACCUGGAGGCCAGUGCCUUCAUCUACACCAACGGCUGCAUCGACAAGCUGGUCAACUGGAUCCACAGCAACCUGUUCCUGCUGGGGGGCAUCACCCUGGGGCUGGCCCUCCCCCAGCUGGUGGGCAUCAUCCUGGCUCAGCUCCUCAUCAACCAGAUCCGAGACCAGAUCAAGCUGCAGCUCUACAACCAGCAGCACCGGGCAGACCCCUGGUACUGAGCCGGCGUCCGUCCGUCCGUCCCAUGGCACAGCGGCGGCUCCCGGCACCUCAACAGCCGUUUUCCCAAGCCCGGAUCCAUGGGAAGAGCUGAGGGGGCUUUGCUGGAGAAGAGGGAGGUAGGAGCAGGCUGUGGAUCCGUGGUGGCCGCUGUGCUGCGGAGAGGGACGCGCAGGGACACUGGAGACUCGGUGCCUUUGGCAGCCGGUGCCGGGCUCGGCCGGGACGUGCCGAGCUGCUGUGCCCUGUUUUGGGGCCUGACCCAGCCCCAGAACCACUGUCUGUCUGUCUGUCUGUCCUGCUGGGGCACAGGUUGCGCACAAAGGUUUGCACUGGGAUGUGCUUCCCAUCUCUGCGUGUGCUGGAGAUGGGCAUUUGUCUGUCUGUCUGUCUGUCUGUCCACGCACCGAGCUGCCUUUGCCCAAGGUGGGCUCCAGAACUGGGGACAUUCCCACCAUCGCCAGGUGCCACCAACCCUAUCGGCUCCAUCUCAGUGUCCCAGACAGGGCUGGGAGCAGGAGCCAUUGGCACAGGAGGGCUGAUCCAUGGGUGCUUCCUCAGCUGAGGGCGGAGGUCCCCUCUGUGCUCAGGGAGCUGGGCCUCUCCACAGGGUGCUGAAUCCCUCCAUAGGGUGCUGAGCCCCUCCAUAGGGUGCUGAGUCCCUCCACAGGGUGCUGAGUCUCUCCACAGGGUGCUGAGUCCCUCCACAGUGUGUUGGGCCCUCCACAGGGUGCUGAGUCCCUCCACAGGGUGCUGAGUCCCUCCAUAGGGUGCUGAGCCCCUCCACAGGGAGCUGGGCCCCUCCACAGGGAGCUGGGCCCCUCCAUAGGGAGUUGGGCCCCUCUAUAGGAUGCUGAGUCCCUCCACAGGGAGCUGGGCUGCUCCACAGGGAGCUGGGCCCCUCCAUAGGGAGCUGGGCCCCCCUAUAGGGUGCUGAGCCCCUCCACAGGGAGCUGGGCCCCUCCAUAGGGAGCUGGGCCCCUCUAUAAGGUGCUGAGCCCCUCUAUAGGGUGCUGAGCCCUUCCACAGGGAGCUGGGCCCCUCCACAGGGAGCUGGGCCCCUCCAUAGGGUGCUGAGCCCCUCCACAGGGAGCUGGGCCCCUCUGUAGGGUGCUGAGCCCCUCUAUAGGGUGCUGAGCCCCUCCAUAGGGAGCUGGGCCCCUCUAUAGGGUGCUGGGCCCCUCCACAGGGAGCUGGGCCCCUCCAUAGGGAGCUGGGCCCCUCCACAGGGAGCUGGGCCCCGCCUGGAGUCAGUGCCAGGCUGUGAAGUUCCCUUGGCUUUCACGGAGAAUAAAGAGACGAGUCCGGA